UCACUAAAUCUGCCUCAGUUGAUCGCCAACUGCACUAAGUGAAGGAUCGCACUGUGUUGUAACUGCCGAACAAAAUGUCCAAAGAAGAGUCCAAGUAUGGUUUCAAAGACAAGGCCAAGGCUGAGGAGUCGCUGGAGCUGCUCAAAAGCGAAGAUCACAAGUACCAGGUCCUGACGGUUCGUGGCCUUCUGGGACGAGCUAAACGUGUGUUGACUUUGACGAAAGCGGAGGAGAAGGUCAAGAACAUCAAAGAAGCGAUUGAGGUGUUCGAAAACUGGAUCGAAGAAAACUCCAACAGCAGUACGAAAAAUGCCAAACCGAAAGAGUCAGAGGAAAAGGUUGAAACCGUGGCCGGCCUUGGCUUCAAGGAUAAGGAAGCAGCCGAGAAGACCUUGAAAAUUUUAAAGGGUCGCGAUCCUGACUAUCAAAAACUGGCUAUCAAAGGUCUAUUGGGCAGUGCCAAGCGUGUGCUGCCAUCCACUAAGAAUGAAGACAAAAUCAAAUCCAUCAAGGAGGCGAUGGAAACAUUCGAAGAUUUCUUGGAAACCUUCGAUCGUGAAGAGCGAUCUAAGCAAAACAUGGCCUACCUUUCGCUGGACCUAAUCAAGAAUCUCUCGGAUAAACCGUCCGACGCCUUGGCUGCUGAGUUUUUCGAAUGUUACGACAAGGUAGCCAAAGGAAACUACAAGCAUUUGCGUACGAAGUUUCCGAAAGAUGACGACAGCACCAGUUGGGAUAUCGUUCGCAACAAAAAGUUGCUUAAAUUGAAGGAAACGGUCAAGCAAAACGGCGAAAAGUUGUUUGACUCGGAUGGGAAGCCAACGAAAGUACAUCUGGAAAUGAUUUACUGGGCGUACAGUCCCAAUGUCGAUAAAUUAAAGGCAUACUGUACAAAGCUGGAAAAAUCCAGCGCAAAGAAGCGUUCACAUUCCUCGUCCGAAAGCGACAGCGAGAGUGAAGAUGAGGUGAAGGAUAAAAAGAAAUCCAAGAAAUGAGUCUGGUUUCCGGUUGAUAAGGGUACUGGAGAAAUAUAAGAAAAAAUAUAAUACUUGUACUUAAA